ACAGGGUGUGAGUUGUGUCUGUAUUAGUGCAUGUCAUCAUCAGGAUGCUUCAGCCUCUCUGCUGUUCAGCAGGAACUGUGGAGCUCUGUGUGUGUGUAUGUGCAUGCAUGUGUGCAUGUGAGUCUGCGAGUGUGCAUGUGUUUGCUCUCAGCAGGUUGGUGGAGAACAGAGAGAGCAGAGAGAGCAGAGAGAGCUUCCUGCCUCCAUCAGUCUGAUCCUCCUCUCCUCUCAGCAGGUAACAGGGUUUUAACGGAGACGCUGGUGGAGACGUCCCUCCCUCUCAGGACAACGAAGGCAGCUUCUCACACACGUGACCCCCAGCAGAGCAGCAGGCUUCCAUCGGACUCAUGACUGUUUGAGGGGCGGCGGACCCACCGUGGCCCAUGCACUGUACCCGUUUCCCUCCCUGUCCUCCUUAUCCCUCAAGCUGACGCAAAACCCCAGACACCUGCCCCCGCUCCCCCACCCCCACUCCCACCCCAUCCCCAGCGACUCGCCUCCUCCCGCCAUGGUGUCCGGCACCGAGACCGUGCACUACAUCCACCUUCAUAACUCCAGCCAGUCGGUGCUGGAGGCCCUGCGCACGCAGCGGCGCGAGGGCCUCUUCUGCGACGUGACCGUGCGGAUACACGAUGCUUCGCUACGCGCCCACGCCUGCGUCCUGGCAGCCGGCAGCCCCUUCUUCCAGGACAAGCUGCUGCUGGGUCACUCUGAAAUCUCUGUGCCGCCGCUGGUGCCCGCCGAAACCGUGAAGCAGCUGGUGGAUUUCAUGUACAGCGGCUCGCUGGUGGUGCUGCAGUCGCAGGCCCUCUGCAUCCUCACCGCCGCCAGCAUCCUGCAGAUCAAGACGGUCAUUGACGAGUGCACCCAGAUCAUCUCGCAGAGGAAGGCGGCGGCCACGGCGGCGGCGGCGGCAGCGGCGGCAGCAGGAGGAGGGAUGCUCGGAGGAGUUCUCCCUAAGCAGGAAGAGCGUGGCGGGGGGAAAGGAAGAGAGAGCGGCGGCAGCGGAAGCUGUUCUGUUGGUGCGGGUGGAGGUGGAGGUUACGCAAACUUCCCCAACUUCAUGGCUGAAUGCGGGGCCAGUAACAUGGGCGGCGGGUUGGGGGGUGCCAGCGUUAGCGUCAGUGAGAGCGGCCCGGGCCCGAUGGAGCAAGCCAACACAGUGAGUCUGAUGGCGCUGGGCGACAUGGGCCCCGGAUCCAUGUGCGGCGGCGACGGACUGGGCUCCGGCGCCGGCGCAAUCCUCAUGAAGCAGAGCUCCAGCUGUACUCAGGACGUCAGGUACAAGCUCCGAGACCUGUUGGCGCAGACGGCCAACGGAGCCAGCACUAGUAGCACAGGGAACCUCUCGGCGGGCUGCAGCUCCGGCGUGGGCAGCGUGGACAGCAUCGGCAGGGACAGCCUCCGCGGCAACACGACCGACCUCUCCGAUGACCUGGUGGGGAUGGAAAGGUACAGCGAGGAGGAGGACCUGGACGGGAGAGAGCGGGGAAGAGACGGAGACAGAGACAGGGGGGCGAGCCACAGCCGCAAGCAGAGGCAGCCGCUAAGACUCCAGGUGCUGGGAGGAGAAGGAGUGGUGGUGAAAGAUGAAGGGGUUCAGGACCCAGAUGGGACCGUCUACACCCUGGAGGACGGGAGACGGGACGGACAGCAGGGCUCCCAGGAAUCCAUGGCAGGCUUUGGACAGGAUUUCUACGAUGAGCAGGGCGUGUUCUCAGAGAGCUUCUGGCCCCAGACUGAGCCUCCUCAGGCCAUGGCGUUCAACCCCAGAGGAAGGGUCAACAAGCCUCUGACUCCGCCUCCAACCACGCAGUCCAUCAACAACCAGCUUCUCUUCCAGUACCCAGUGAGCCAGUCGCAGCCAGCUCCGUUCUACGUGGGCGGGCCCAUGGGUGGGAUUGACAGCAUGGCAGGUACUGAGCCCGCUCAGCAGGCCCCGCCUCCGGCGCCGAUGACCCCGGCCCCGCCUCCCUCCGCCUCCUCCUGCUCCGCGGGCCCCUCCCCUUCCUCCCAGGGAUCCGAGACCUCGUUCGACUGCACGCACUGUGGCAAAUCUUUACGUUCCAGGAAGAACUACAGCAAGCACAUGUUCAUCCACUCCGGUCAGAAACCUCAUCAGUGCUCCAUCUGCUGGCGCUCCUUCUCCCUGCGCGACUACCUCCUCAAACACAUGGUGGUGCACACUGGCGUCAGGGCCUUCCAGUGCUCCAUGUGCGGCAAGCGCUUCACCCAGAAAAGCUCGCUCAACGUGCACAUGCGCACCCACCGUGCCGAGCGCACCUUCCAGUGCAACGUGUGCCACCGGGCCUUCACCCACCGCACCUUGCUGGAGCGCCACGCCCUGCAGCACGCCCACCACGCCCCCCAGGGCCCAGGCCAGCAGGGGCACGGAGCAGCCAACAUGACCUCACCUACCAAGCACAGUCCUCCGGCUCUGGGAGGGCCCUCAGGUAUGGCUGGCGCUGCCGGCAUGGUCGGCAGCAUGGCCAACAUGCCCAGCCACGGAGCUUCCUCCACCUAGAGAGAGGGGGAGAUACGGGGGAGAUACGGGGGAGAUACGGGGAGGGUAGGGAGCCCAUUCCUUGAACCAACACUUAUUACGUCCUAACAGCCUUGUUGAUCUUUAGUUCUGGUGGGAACCGCGCUGACAGGUUCUGACCUUCGAUCAGGGUUCCUACACGGGGCUGGACCGGCGUCUGGAAACGAUGUCAUUCUGAAAGAUGUCCUUGGAGUUGCACAAAUUGUAAAACUAGUUGUUCCCUCCCCCAGAAACCUUUAGGUAGUUGUAGUCCUCCUGUCAUUUCCUGUGUUGUGACAUUUGUUGCUGUGACGACUAAUCAUGAAGCGACGGAGCGACGUCGCUAACAAUCACACACCUCGUUGAACAGCCGUCCAAAAUCCAGCCAAAAAGAAUGAAUCUAGAAAACGGAGGAUGUGUAGGAACCCUGUUUCAGAACCACCAGAGAGGCACCAAAGAGGUUAGGAGGGCAGAGCGGGUUGGGGAGUGGGCGAGGGCGAGGGGAGGUGGGCUAGGUGGAGGCCAGGGUGGGAUGGGGGGGAAUAUGGAGAUGCAAGUUAGGGGAAGGGAGGGAGGGGGGGGGGUGGCAGGCUUUUAUUCACCCUCAAUUCAUUUAAUUCAAGUUUGGAGUUCAUUCAGUAUCUAUAAAUACAUCAAAUGUUUGUUUACAACCCAGUCGUUAAUGCUAAUGUCAUUAGCAUGUCCCCGUCCGUGGUGUCUGCAGGUGUCUGCAGGUGUCUGCAGGUGUCUGUCUGCAGGUGUCUGUCUGCAGGUGUCUGCAGGUGUCUAAGGUGUCUAAGGUGUCCGAAACUAAAACAUCUCCAUCGCCCCCUGGUGGCCUAAAACAUCUCCAUCGCCCCCUGGUGGAUGGCUGUUCGUUGAGGAAGCGUUUGAUUUGAUCUGAUAUGCUGCAGCGUUUUGUUCUGCAGUCGAUCGUGUUCAUUUAAUAUUGGGAAGCUAAAUGGUGAUUAAUAUUGGAUUAGUUGUGCAGCCCUACACUCACCUGUUGUCCAAAGGAACAUCUGCUUCCCGUUCCGAUUAAACGCACCUUAAGAGCCUCCAAAGGUUUCCCUUUUAUUGAAUAUUAAAGAACUCCUGAAUUAAGUGAAUUGAAUGUGAAUGAAGCCCGGCGCUGUUCAUCAGCAAACCAACCAGGUGACAGGGAACGGUGUUGAUGAAUGAUUCCAUGAAGAAGGAGAGUAGUCCGAGCAGAGUGAGACUACAGCAGGGAGGAAGAGGAGGAGGAGGAGGAGGAGGAGGAAGAGGAGGAGGAUGAGGAGGAGGACGAGGAGGAGGAGGUGGAGGAAGACGAGGAGGAGGAGGAAGAGGAAGAGGAGGAGGAGGAAGAGGAAGAGGAAGAGGAGGAGGAGGAGGAGGAGGAGGUGGAGGAAGACGAGGAGGAGGAGGAGGAGGAGGAGGAGGCGGCGGCGUGAUGCACAGCAGUGUGAAUGAAAUUCACCACCAUCCAUCAGACAGCUUUGUAACAUUUUCCACAGGCGCCACUGGUCGGCCCCCGGAUCAUAUACCUCGAACCAGGACGAGCCCCCGGCGGCUCGGAGGGACACUAUUUCCUCUUUUUGAAAUGUUUGGGAACGUUUCAGCAUGUUUUACACACACACACACACACACACCUACAAUUACCUCGGUGGUCCAAAGACAGGCAUUACGCUUCACAUCUUUUAAGCUACAUCAAAACGAAGAAACAGUGAAAACUAAAGCUACGAUAGAUCCGUUUACUUUUUGAAAACCUUAACUAAAGUACUUGUAUGUAAAGUUCCUGUACAUCGCUAUGACGCUCAGUUUGUUAUUUGUUGCUCAUGUGAUUCUUUGAUGCAGAAAUAAGGCAAAAAAAACACAAAAAAAGACCCUUUUAAAGUGAAAGAGCCAUCCAGAGGAAUAAUAACUAUGACAAAUCAAUGAUUUAUAUCAGGAUUUUUAUUGAGUGUUUGGUUGUGUUUGUCUUUUGGGGCUCUGGUUAUUAAUAAUAAUAAUAAUAAUAAAUGGGAAGUGUUUGUUGCUUAAAAAAAAAAAAGCUUUUCUCGCAGCACUAUAAAGAAAAACCAACUUUUUACCGUUUUAGUAAAACUAAAUUAAUCAUGAAAAUGUACAAUCACCCCGACAAGUUUUGACAAAGUCAAACUCGUGAUAACUUUAAUUAUCACUUUAAUAUUUAUUACGAUUUGAUCUCUAUGCACAGUUCAGUUUGCACAUCCUCCCGUUAGACCUAGAUGUUGUCGUCCCUCCAGUAUUUGGCCUGAGAUUGUUUUUAUUUUGCACCUUAAAGGUGAUCUUAAGAAGACCUGAACGUGUCCCCGCUUUAUGCUCAUUUCCCUUCAUGUCUGUCGAUCGAAGCGUUAUAUGAUAUCUAGUAGUUUACUUUGUAAGAGACAGGAUGUCCUCCGUCUACGUGGACCUCCCUAACAAGUGAGACCUUUUUGAUCUUUUGCGAGUGAUGAGAUAAUUUGACAAAAAUCUCACUUUAAUCGUAUUUUUCCUUUUUAAAGAGUGAAUCCAGCAAAGACUCCGAUCUGCCUGGACGUCACUAUAAAUGCUGACAUUAAAUGUCCCAUUGUAAACUGCUUAUUUACACGGAGCGGGCCCGGCAGCGUGACCUCAUUUGGCCUCUGAACAUUGCAGAUUAGUUUUGUUUCGCCAGCAGCGUUGUGGAUGAAAAUUAAAACCUGAGUUUAAGAGAAGCUGGACUGAAACUCUUCCAACUCUCUGUUGGUUAUAAGCUAUAUAUAUAUAUAUAUAUCUAUAAAAACAUAACGCCAAACCUUUGGUGCUUUUUUCUGUUUGGAAAUCUUUACCUCAUUUGCGCGUUGCCAACGGCGUGCUGCGGUCUGGGUUUGGUAAAUAAGCAGCGGCGAGCUGUGGAAGUGGUUUCUUGGUGCGGACCCUUGUACAGUACUGUAAUCUGUGUGCUUUGAAGCCAUGUCAGCGCAUCGUAACGUACUGUACUGUGUUAUGCCUUUCUUUGUUUCUGUUUAUUGGGAGGGAGGGGUCAUUGUUUUUCUACAUUAAUAUUUCUUUUAACAGAGGUUCAAUAUGUCAGACGAAGAAGAAGAAGAAGAAGAAGAAGAAGAAACUGUCAUUUUAUAAAUCACACUUUGUCAUCGUAAACACAUCUUUUAUGUAUAAAAAAGACUAAAGGCAUGAUUUUAACUUUUCUGAGAACUUAGAUGUCGUACUCAAUGAAUUAAUGAAUUACAUUUUAAAAUGAGUGAUUUCAAACAUUUCUUUCUCCAAAUAAAAAAGUCUUCUAUGAGUCCAAGGCCG